AUGGCGGGUCCAUCACAGUCCUCCUACCAGCCGCCGGCCGCGGUGCGCAAAGGAGGGGAAGCGGAAAUCAAAAACGUAUCGACGGGCAUGACGAGGCCGCUGUACACUUCUUGCGCCGAACAUCACCUCGCGCAGGAGAGGAUCCGGGAGCAGAAGCAGAGGGUGGAGAACGAGAGGAGAGACAGUUCGGGCACGAGACAGGGACGACCGAGGUUUUUGACGCUCAAUACGUUACCCAGGAUGCCUUCGACGAGCCCGGCGGUGCACAAGCGUGAUACAAUGCCGUCACCGUUCAUGCGCUUGCCGACCGAGAUACGCCUGCAGAUAUAUGCGCUGCUUGUGCUCCCACGCAAAGCGUCGGAUCUGCUGCCGUCCUACCAGAAAGUCACAGCGAGCACCAUCGACUACUUCGACUACGACAAGAAACAAACCGGCUCCGAGCGGGCAGCCGUCACAGCAGACCUCUCCCACCCCUUCAUCCACAUCCGCACCAUCGACCCCAAGGCCUACAAAUCCCUCCAUCCCCCCACCAAACCCUCCCACACCCGCAGCACCUACAGCGUGCGCGCCGACCGCUUCCAAGCCCGCUGCAUGAGCACGACGUACCACGCGAUCAACAACCCGCGCCUCGAAGACAACCUCUCCAUCCUGGGCACGUGCAAACAAAUCCACGCCGAAGCCGCCGAGCUGCUCUACUCCUCCUACACCUUCGACUUCGACACGCACAUCGAAGCCCUCAUCCCCUUCCUCUCCGACCUGACCCCCUUCGCGCGGAGCUGCAUCAAGAACCUCCGCAUCGUCAAACGCGCCCUGCCGUAUUGCAAGGAAUUCGAUAAAUGCGAGUGGUCCAACGCUCUGCGGUACCUCACGUCCACGAGCAAUAACAUCUCGCUGCGUCGGCUGGAGCUCGGCGUCGUGGCGGGGCGGCCGGGGGAGAACGGCUGGGAUCGCGUGGCGCGGUACUCCGCGGGGGAUUUCGAGUUGCUGCACCAGUUGGAUGGCAUGGAGUGGAUGCAGUAUCUGCUCGAGGUGCAGGGGCUCCAGGAGCUGGACGUGCAGGCGGUGGUGGAGCAUUGUCCGCCCGUGACGAGCAGUUCGGCCAUGGCGAGUUAUGUGCGGUUUUCGGCGAGUGUGGAGGGGGGGUUUGGGGAGUUUUUGAGGGGACGGUUGCUUGGGGCGAGGAAUGCUGUGAGAUGA